AUGAGCCUCUCUAAGACAGAGGACUCCGAGCCGCCGCUCAGGUUCGUGAACAGCAGAGACGAGAUCACAGGUGAGGCCUGGGCCCUGGAGGGAGGGCAGAGCGCUGGGGCCUUUCUGGAACCUGGAACUCGGCACCUGAGGAGGCCCGAGCCCCCUGCGGUUCACAGACAGGGAACCGAGUCCCUGGGGUGGGAGGACGGGCUGCUGAGAGGUCCUGGCCGUCACCGGGAGCCUCCUUGGAAGCGUCUACAUUCACCAAGGCAAGACUUUGGUGAUUUCCAGAACUCGGUCCGGGACGGGUCGCAGGGCAGGCUGGGGCUGGCUGCUGGAAGACCCCCAACCUGCUCCUGCCCUGGAGAUUCCUGGGAUGGACAGAGCUGUCUUCCUCCCUCUAAAUCCCAACCUGUGGAGCCGGAGUCCCUGGGCCUGAGAGUCUUCUGUGUCUGCACAGCGAGCACCCAGGGCUGCUGCCCGGCUCCCCAAGGCUCUGUCCUGCUGACCACCCUGUCCCCGCCACGCUGCCCCCCUCCUGCACCCCAGAGCAGCUCCUGCCCUUCCCUGCAACUGAGUCCUGCAUCCAGCCAGGAGCUGCCCACCCUGACCCACCUGCAGGAUGGUCACACCAGGAACCGAAGACAGUUAUCCCAGGUGGGCAAAGGGCAGCUCUGUCAGCUGUCCUGGGGUGACGGCCCAGCCUGCAGGCCUCAUGCCAUGGCCCACGGGCCCUGUUUUAGGCUCUGGAUAGCGGGAAUAGGAGACACAGGGGACGAGUACGACGGAACCCAGAGGGUGCAGAUGAGCUGCGGGCACGGCGUGGACCCCGGCAGUCUGACGGCCUGGUGCCGCAGCCUCAUCGACCAGGACAGAGACCCCCAGACGUGCCCUGUGUCCUGCCGUCCUUCCCAGGGCCGCUUCAAGCUCCACUGCCCUGCCGAUGUCAACGGGGGCAGGUGUGGGGCCGAGCGGUCCUACCCGGAGGUGCGCCGCUGUGCCCUGCUGGACGACGCAGAGCAGGGAGAGUUUGAGCGGAAACUGGCCCUGACUGCGGCGAGACUCUACUGUGACUUUAAGGAGUGCCCGAGCUGCAAGAGCCUGGUGGAGCGCAAGGACCUGAGUGUGUGUGUAGAAAAUGGGGAAACAAGCAAGAAUGAAUAGACGAGAUAAAUAAAAAUCCAAGAGCAA